GCGUAGGGGAGGUCAGCUCAAAGCGGUCACAGGAGGCAAAGCGGUCAUUAUUAAUUUUUCGGUUAUUUGAAAUGAGAGCGCGACGUUGCCGUUUUGUCACAUAAGGAACCUCCCACCCCGCGCCAGGCAAUCAUUCGGUAGCGUUGGGAGCGAUCACUUGACCACGGUGUCGAAAAUAAUAUUUUUACAUGUUUUGUUAAAAAAAUGCAAGAUGGUGAACAAUUAUAAGAGAAAAACCAGCCAGGCAUCAUGGGAUGAAAAUCUUAUGGCACGGGCGAUCAAAGAGAUAAAUGAUAAGCGUGGAUCUGUUAAGUCUAUCGCACUUAAAUAUAAUAUUCCUCGCACUACUCUAAGAAGACACAUUGCGACAGGAUCUGCGAAAAAGAAACUUGGCAGAUAUAAAGCCGUGUUUACUCCACAGCAGGAAGAAGAACUCCUAGAGUACGUAUUUCGUAUGGAUAAUCUUUUCUUUGGACUAACAAAGGAGGAGUUUUUGCAUCUCGUUUUCCAGUAUGCUGAAGCAAACAAUAUUCCUAAUCCUUUUAAGAACGGAACUGCCGGCCACGAUUUUUACAAAGGAUUUAGUAAGCGUCAUCCUAAUUUGACCUUACGACGAUCUGAACCUACGUCUUUAGCCAGAGCCCGUGGAUUUAACAGAUCCCAAGUAUAUAGAUUUUUUGACCUCCUUGAAACUGAAAUUGAGAAGCACCAAAUUGAUGCUAUGCCCCUCUAUAAUAUGGACGAGACGGGUAUUCAAACGUCUUCCAACAAACCACCUAGAGUUUUAACAAGACUGGGUAAAAAGGAAGUGGGUUUCAUUGCCAGUACUGAGCGAGGAAGAACGACCACGACGACGAUGGAGCGCCGCCUGGCACACAGACAACUGUAAGUGAUAAUGGGUGGACCAAUGGCACUGUUUUCUUGGACUGGCUUCGUUUCUUCAUAGAUACAGUCCGUCCGACGGCAGAAAAAAAAGUACUGCUUAUCAUGGAUUAUCAUGAGUCGCAUAAAUACUUACCAGCCUUAGAACUCGCCUCCAAGUGUCAUGUCAUAUUUGUAUCACUGGCACCACACACUAC